AUGGCAAACAUCUGUCCAUCCAUCCAUCCUUCAGAGACAAACCCCCUCCCACAUCAACGCCGCUGCCACACACUGCCAAUCCCCUCACUCCACAAUACCUUCUUCCUGUCCCGAUUCCCAGACGGGCGUCGACACGGCCAGCAUCGACACGGCAUCAACCCCUUCUGCGAGAUUGCCAUGGAGGAGGAGUUGCGGCUCCGCGAGGCCGGCGCUGCCUCCGAGGACGUCGCCACCACCGUCAGUCCUGGGCAGGCCGCCGACACGCUCCGCACCACGCUCGCCAUGGGCGCCAACCGCGCCGUCCACGUCCUCCACGACCCCGACCCCGCCCGCCCGCUCCUCCCGCUCACUGUCGACAAGAUCCUCCGUGCCCUCGCGCUCCAGGAGACCCCCUGCCUCCUCAUCCUCGGCAAGCAGGUUCUCAAAUCGGCCUCCAUUCAGGGAUUCGUCUCUGAGGACGAGUUCCUCUCCAUCCCGGAGUUCUCCACCAACCCGCUCGCCCAGCUGCUGAGCUCUCUUUACUUUGGGCACUGUUUACCGGCAUCUCAAUCCCGACCUAGCAGGCUGCUUACCAGCAUCAACAGGAUAUUCUGCAAUCCAGAAGAACUAGCUACUCAGAAGUGGAUGACAGUGAACAUGAGAAGCUAUGGUUUCCUGAUUUGUAGUUAUGUGUAGUGUUGUCAUGAAGCAUGGUGGUUCUGGCUUUGUGUAAAAUCAUUAUAAGUAUUGUACCUCUUUAGAGGAGUUGAACGUUGAACUAUGUAUGUGAUUCAUGUACCUGAAGUAUCCACUAUGAUGUCUAUUGCUGAAACGAGUAUAACAAUUUACUGAUAAUAUUAGUUUAUGGCUGGAA